UUACAACUUCGGCGCAAACUUCCUGCCUUCCGUAUGCACAUCAUCGUGAGCGUUGUGUGAAUUGAACAUGGCUGUGAAUAUGGAGCAGGCUGGGUUGCAGACUCAACAUGCUAUGGAAGGGGAAGACCGUCCAAUCUCAACGUCCGACAGUGGCAGUGGAGAGGAUUCCUUAGACAGCCUGUUCCCAAGAUGUCCCCUGACCCCCUCACUGUCUCCACGGAAACGAACAACCAGCCAGAGCAAGACUGAACCGCCUCUGCUCAGGACCAACAAGAGGACCAUCUACACUGCUGGUAGACCACCCUGGUACAACGUGACUGGGACCACGUUUAAGGAAGCUUUUGUUAUUGGUCUCUGUGGGGGCAGUGCCUCAGGAAAGACCACGGUGGCAAAUAAAAUCAUUGAGGCUCUGGAUGUGCCCUGGGUGGUGCUCCUCUCCAUGGACUCGUUUUACAAGGUUCUCAGUAAAGAGGAACAGGAGUUGGCAGCUAAGAAUGAGUACAACUUUGACCAUCCAGAUGCCUUUGACUUUGAGCUGCUUGUCACUGUGCUGAGGAAGCUAAAGAAAGGGAAGAGCAUCAAGGUCCCAGUGUAUGACUUCACCACUCAUAGCCGGCGGAAGGAAUGGAAAACCAUCUAUGGAGCUAAUGUAGUGAUAUUCGAAGGGAUCCUGGCGUUUGCCAACAAGGAGCUCUUGAAGCUUCUAGAUAUGAAAGUUUUUGUGGACACUGAUUCUGACAUCCGGCUAGUCCGUCGUUUGAAGAGGGACAUCACCAACAGAGGUCGAGACAUCACGGGGGUCAUCAAGCAGUACAACAAGUUUGUGAAGCCGGCCUUCGAGCAGUACAUUGAACCGACCAUGCAGGUGGCUGAUAUUGUGGUACCCCGUGGAGGGGAAAACUUUGUAGCCCUGGAUCUCAUUGUACAGCAUGUCCAUAGUCAACUGGAAAAGAGGAAACUUCGCUGGGAUAUAGCGGCCCUGGCUACUGCACACCAAGGUCAGCCCCUGCCUAAGACCCUCAGUGUCAUGGAGAGCACCCCCCAGGUCCGGGGCUUGCAUACUAUUAUCAGAAAUAAGGAGACAAACCGGGAUGAAUUUAUUUUCUACUCAAAGAGAUUAAUGAGGCUUUUGAUUGAGCAUGCUCUCUCCUUUCUGCCGCUCAAGCCCGUUACUGUGGAGACUCCUCAAGGAGCGAUCUAUGAAGGGAAGAGGCUCGGUGGCAAAAGAAUAACUGGAGUUUCGAUCCUACGAGCAGGAGAGACGAUGGAACAGGCACUCAUGGCCGUGUGUAAAGAUAUCCGACUCGGAAAGAUUCUGAUCCAAACCAACCACGACACCGGGGAGCCAGAGCUGCAUUACUUGCGUUUGCCAAAGGAUAUAAGUGAAGAUUAUGUUAUUCUAAUGGACAGCACCGUGUCCACUGGGGCUGCUGCACUGAUGGCUGUCAGAGUUUUACUGGAUCACGACGUCCAGGAGGAUAAGAUCUUCCUGCUGUCCCUUCUGAUGGCGGAGAUGGGAGUGCACUCUGUAGCCUACGCCUUUCCCAAAGUUCGCAUCAUCACCACCGCCGUGGAUAAGAAUGUCAACAAUGAAUUUCACAUCAUUCCAGGGAUAGGUAAUUUUGGAGACAGAUAUUUCGGCACUGACGCACCUUCAGGGUAUGAGAGCGAUGGCAGUAUGGACUACUGAUCAAAGGGACCAUGCUGGGGAUGGAGAGGGGGUUAAAAGGCCCUCUUGUUAAACCACCUGGUUACAGCUGCUGUGUUACUACUUGUCUGGCAAACUCACCCAGUGGCUGUGAUAUUGUGAAACAUUUUACAAAAUUGUGGUUCAGUCUUAUUUCAUACUGUACAUGAAUUCAUAGCUAACAGAUGAAAGAUGUGCAUGUUGUCACUACUACAGUACAUCCUCGGCAACUUCCCAUUUAUCCUGAAACGGCUACUUUAAAAAUACUCUUGUUUGAAAAAAGGAAAGGGACAUUAGUAGCUGUACAAGCAAUUUGACUUGCAGUGUACGAUAAUGAUUUAAGAGUAACAUUUCUCUGAGCUUGGAUGCUCAAAUGUCUUACAAAUCUUACAUUUCUGAGAAUUUGCAUCACACUGUAAGAAGUUGCCAACACAGUUUGCUUACUUUUUUCAAACCUUGUAAAGUGAAUUUUAAGUAUAAAAUCAGUUGUAUUUUAGUUUAAGUGUGAUGUGCUAUUCAGCCCUGUUAAGUUAUUGUGUUUAAGUAUUUAUUGUAUACCUUUUACUAAACAUUAUGAAGGAAAGAGGUUACCGAAAAGUGAACCACAAUUAACUAACACAUCAAUUAAUAUAAAAAAGAGGUUUUCUUGAGCUGGCCAGUUAGACCUUCAAUAUUUAAACCCCCAUUUCACAUGAAUGUUGGCAGCACUAUAGGUCAGACAUGUUAUUGUGGCAACGGACAUCUUUAAUUAACAAAAAUACUUGAACUGUGCUGCUGAGUGCUUGCUGUAUAUACAUUAACUUUUUUUUUCUUUUUUUAAUGUUUGUAAGUUUAAAAAAAUGUAUGUCUUAAAAACAACAAGAAAAAAAUCCUAAACAAACAUCACAAUUAUGUUUGCAUGCCUGUAUCUCAGGGCUUAUUUUGUAAAAUUCUACAACGUAUUUACUGGUAAUUGGCAAAUAACAAUAGUAGUGUUAACAGCUGAGGGACCAGUGACCAUUCGUACUUCUUAGCCACGUUGUCAAUUUUCUGGUAACAUAGGUAUGCAGUGUCCUUAUGGGGAAAUGUCUGAAGCUCUGUAGUCUGCAUGGUGAAUGUAAUUUUUAUGCAACUAGUUUCAUUUUAUAGGACAUGAGUUUCCAAAGAGUUCAUGUUUUGUUUUGUUUUUUUCUCAUAUCAAUAGAUGAGGUAGACUGGCAAUGGGAUACAAAGUCAGUUCUUGAGGAAUUCCUGGAUCUGUUUUUUCUAUUUUACAAUGGGGCCGUGUUACAAUUUAUGUAUGCAUUUCCAUAAGGCAUUUAGCUGCUGUGAUAUUUCAUGGAGAAUUGAGUGUCCAGUUUUGCCCAUCCAGCACCUUUCACAGGCAAUGCAUUACCUUCGAAAACAUGUACAGGUACUGUGUGCCAAUGCUCUGCUGCCUCCUGUGUACUACUGUGUGUGCUGUAUUCUCACAAAUUGGGUUUUAAACAAAAUUGCAACUGAAGUCCUCUUGCUGUUCAAAGUGUUUGCCCUGUAGUGUUUUGCCCAGAAUUAUUCAAAAAUCAGUGUAUUUACUCUUUAUAAAGUAAGACAGCAAAUAGUUUUGAAUUAUAAUUUUUUUGGACGGCUUCAACAGUUUUAAUAUUUGUAUCCACAAGUCAUUUAAUCAACAAGGAUAUGGCUCAUAAAGCACUUUUUCAGGACCUGUGUUACCCCCAGUGACUUGGUAGAGGUGUGUGUAAAGAUUACAUUUAACUACAGUACUACAGAGUCACUGAGAUUGAACUCACAAAUGAACAGUACAGAAGGGUUUAUUUUAAUGAUCUAAACAGUGGCAGAUCUAAAUACUGCCUCUCUUUAACUCCUUAUUAAUCCAGCUGAGGUUUUCCCCAGGGCUUCUAUAUUUACCCACUUUUAGCAUAAAAAUAAAUUGGGUUUAUUAAUUUCAGGGCAGCUAUAUUAAGAUCCUCCACUUUAAAUCAUUAAAAUGGACCUGUUUCUGUAAGCUAAGCAUGGUACACUAUAUAAAAAGUUCCAGUGCAUUUCUGUCUGUUACAGCUGUGUUUGUGAUUGAUCUUUGUACCCAGUACAGAGGUUACAGAGUAUUUUUAUGGUCUGCAGUGAGUCUUCAGCUUUUAUUUCUGCAUACUGGACCAAUGCCAUGAACUGAUUUUAGUCCUGGACUCUGCAGGUUUUCUUGGUCAGUUAACUCAUACAGUAUUUGACCUAUGGGUUAUUUAAGGAUUGCCACCUUCUAAUACACCCAAGAGAAUGCCAAAUCAAACUACCCAUUCCUCAUUUUCACUGCCAUGUUGAGUUGUGUAUUUUAUUUAUAAUCUGACCAAAAAACUUGCAAAACUUGAGCAGUGGGAGCUCCUGCUUUCAUCCUGCACCUUUUUUUUUUUUUUUUUUUUUUUCUGGAAUUGUCAGUUACGUUUUACUUUGUUCACGUGUAUGUUUACAAUUCAAAUAAAAUUAAAUCCUUACUGCA